AUGGCGCAGGCCAGCCCUGAUCACCGGGAUCCAAUGGCGAUGACGGUGGCGGAGCUGGAGGCAGCCAUCGCCGCCCUGCCCGGCAAGCGGGACGCCCUGCGGGAGGCGUUCGACCGCCUCGCCGCCUGCUCCCCCUCGCCGCUCUCCUUCGCCUGGGAGGACCUCGACGGCCACAUCUCCUCGCUCCAGUCGUCAAUCGCGCUGCGGUUUCGCCAGCUCCGUGUGCUCGAGGCCGCCGGCGCUGCACCCGCUGCUGCCGCGUUGGGUGGAACUCGCGGCGAUGGGAAGGGAGAAAACCAGGAGGAGGAGUUGGAGGAGGACGAAGAAGAGGAGGAGGUGGUGGAAGUGGAGGAGGAGGUCGCGGUGGAUGUGGAGGAGGAGGAGGAGAAGAAGGCCGAUGAGGAGAUACAGGAAGCCCACAGCGAUAAGAUUUGCAAUUAUGAAAAGGAUGGGAAGCAGGCCAGAGACGUGGAAGUGGAGGAGAAGGUAGCGGAGCUGGAGAAGGCCGAUGAGGAGAUGCACGAAGCCAAUAGCAAUAAGAUUCGCAAUGAUGAAAAGGAUACGAAGGAGACCAGAGAGGUGGAAGUGGAGGAGGUGGUGACAGAGCUGGAGAAGAAGGCCGAUGAGGAGAUGCAAGAAGCCGGCUACGAUAAAAUUUGCAAUGAUGAAAAGGACAGGAAGGGGGGCAGAGAAGAGGUAGUGGAGGAAGAGGAAGUUGAGGAGGCAGCCAACGUCAAGAUUGGCAAUGAGAUAAAGGAUGAGAAGGAGGCAAGGGAGGAGGAGCAGGCCAGUAAGGUGAACGAGCAGGAUCCUGACAAGGAGAUUCAGGUGGUUGAUAAUGAUAAGGGCGGGCUGAAUACCAAAGAUGCUUUGAAGGCUUCUCAGGACAAGGAGGAGGAGGAUCAGGAUACCAACAUGGAUGAGACAGCGGCCAAGAUGGCGUCUUCAGUGCAGCACAAGGAGGUGGAGACUUGCGACAAGAAGCAAGAGCAGGACGUUCAUGAGAAGGUGGAAGGUGCCAAAAAUGUUACGGACCAGGUGUCUUCAGACCGGGGCAAUCGGGCUGUUCCAUGUAGAUCUGACGAUCGCACUGUAGCAUGCACAAACAUGGAUGCACAGAGGUUGGUCGAGCUCAUAUGCACCAACACCGAAUUCAAUUCAGAGUUUCAUGCUGCAGUUCGCCGUGCUCCAGAUGCUGCAGCACUGGCUCUUCAUGUAAUUGAGCUAUUCCUACACAACAAGAUAUUUGUUAAGACCAGGAAGGUCUGGGCAAGCUGUGUUGGGCUAGUUCAAAUGGUACCUGUAGUUGUUACCAAGCCUUCUGCCGACACGAUUGAGCAGGCCAAGCGGGUGGCUAAGGAUUGGAAGGAGAUGAUUGACAAUCCAGAGAGUUGCAAUGUCGUUGGCAGCCCUAGCCUCAAGAAGAAAUCUACCAUGCUCUUAAAGGGUCUUGGGCUCGGCAAUAGAAUCCCAGAGUUAAUGGACUAUUUGAUCGGAAAUGGGCAGCAAAUGGAUGUUUUACGUUUGGCACGCAUUUUUAAUAUGGUGGACAAGUAUCCUCCACUUUCUCUUCUGAAGGGAUAUGUCGAAAAGGCAAAACAGACUGCUAUGGAGAUAUCUCAAAAGAAUAUGACACGCCAGUUGAGGGUGGUUAUAAUAAAGGAGCUUGAUAAUCUAAGAAGUGCAAAAGUUUUGGCUAAGAAGGAAAUCACCAACUCCAACCUCUGUACCAGUAUCAGGGAAGAAAUCAACAUUUUGUUAGGUGAGCUUGAAAAAAAGAAGCGGAGUUUAGCAGAUCCCUUGACAGCCUCAACUUCAAAUUCACAGCAGCAACAAACAAAGAGUAAGAAGAAGCCCAAGAUAGAGCAGGAGCAGGAGCAUCACAAGGGACAAGAAAACCAGAUGCGAGGGCAACUGAGUGAGCUGGCAGAGAAGCCGGAGAAAAAACAAAGGAAGCCUCAACAGGAGCAGCAACAGAAACAAGAAGAUAAGCUGGAAGAGAAGAAACAGAAACAAGAAAAUGAGCCGGAAGAGAAGAAACAGAAGCAAGAAGAUAAGCUGGAAGAGAAGAAACAGAAGCAAGAAGAUAAGCCGGAAGAGAAGAAACGGAAACAAGAAGAUAAGCCAGAAGAGAAGCAGCAACAGAACAAACAGAAACAUCAGAAACGGCUGAGGCAACGCACUCACCAGCCACCAACACAGGGUUAUCCUGCAAUGUGGAACGCGGCACUGAGAGGCGACUUGGAGCGUCCACCAUAUGCCGCAAUGCAUGGAGUCCAUCAUGGUUACCCUGCCCAGUCAGGCUGGCCUGGAGUUCAUGGUGCAUCGCCGUUCAUGCCACAACUUGGAGCACCUGACUUGGAGCGUCCACCAUAUGCCGCAAUGCAUGGAGUCCAUCAUGGUUACCCUGCCCAGCCAGGCUGGCCUGGAGUUCAUGGUGCAUCGUCGUUCAUGCCACAACUUGGGGCACCUGAGUACAUAGGACCCUUUACACCCUUGUACCCUCGUCCGCAGUUCUAUCCCAGGUAG